AUGAUUCUCACCCGAAUAAUUCAACUGGAAUGCGCUCCGACCGAGCCGCCGCCAAUAUGCUGCCUUCCCAAGCAGUAUGAGGCGUUCCUGUUCCUGUCGAGUGGUGCAGUUGACGUUGGCACGAAUUACGGAUUUGGGUACAGCAACGGCACGGUGGCGAUAGCGUUUGACGGCACACGUCAGUUGACGUACAUUCACGCCAAGACCGACAAUUUCCUUUCGCUGUACCCGAUACCUAUACCAGAGGAUUAUUUAAAUAUCAUCGACUAUAAAAAUAAUGUCCAGUGGCGCGUGUAUAGUGACGGCUCCUGUGAUACGCUCGACGUUGGCUUGCCGUUGUUUAAGGAAUGCAUACCCGGGAACGCGACCCUUCUGUCACGAGGCCGCAUAGGGAAUUCCGAACAGGAAGUCGCAACAUACCUUUUCCGGCAAAGAAUUUACCUGGAUCCAGAUGAGAUCACAGUUACCGUGCGCAUGUCGGACUCCACGCCUGGCGAAUGCAUUCCGGUCCGCGGUACCGUUUCCAGCGCUUACGUAUUUGACAGCAACAAGAACGUAGACAUCGCCGUCUAUGACGUGCUCGACUUUACCCCGGGCAUAAGAAACCCAGACGUCUUCAACAAACCGAGCCAGUGCAACAACUCAACGGUGUUGCAUGAAAAGAACAGACUAACUAUGACUUAAAGUCAAAGACGAUUGGAAAUUGCCGAUCAGUGACGAAUAACUAA